AUGCCAAGGCAAAAGCAGGUCUCACCGAAAUCAACUAUCGAUUCGUACGUUUUCGACCCCUACCCUGCUCGCCAUUCGUCACCUUCCUCUUCGACCGUAAGGAAUCCAACUUCAGAUGUGACCUCAGCUGGAUCUGGAUCUUAUGAAAUCGAGAAACAACUCUCUGGGUCAUCUUCUUCUAGAAAUUCAUCAGACUCUUCAAUGUCAUCCACUAAAUCACUCAGUUCGAUAUCCUCAUUCGACGACCAAACUUACCCUAUCUUACCAACGAGCAGCUCAGCUAGAGAACGCAAAUUCUCUUCUUCAACAUCGGUUUUUGGAGAAUCAAGGAGAGUAAACAUAUUGAGAAGUUUAAAACCUAGAGCAAGGAGAAGAUCGUCAUUACCUUUCAUCCAUCUUGCAAGACGUAAGUCAACUCAAUUGCUACUCGUCCUGGCAAUAUGUAUCGUCUCUGGGUUAUUACUUGGCGAAAUCAGGUCACAUAGGUUGCGAAGGGAAAUGUGGUCCAGGGAAGUGAAGUUGGAAGAAUGGGAUAUAAGAUAUGGUCAUCUGGACAGAGAAAGUGAUCUGAAAAGGUUUAGAGAGGAGUUUGAAUACAAUAGACGAUUAGAACUUAUACACUCUAGAAAAGUAGACAGGAGAGAUAUCACCGGGACGACUGGUACUGGAUCGGUGUGGGGACCUAAAGAAGAAGAAGCUUUGCAGGAGGAAAGUAAGAAUAUAUGGCCUACAUGGUGGGGGAAUCCGGAUGUCGUAGGUAAGAGCCCAUGGGAUCAUGUUCCGACGCCAGUACUUUUGGGACAGGAGAAGAGAAGAUUCAUGUUUUUGACUGACUACAAUGAUUAUCUCGAAAGGAUGAAUACCCACACAUACGAGAUUGUCGAUGCUGCCCUACGUCAUCCUCAGAUAAUAGUAGACGUCUGGGGACCAGGAUGGGAAGGGUACGAUAGGUCUAUACCUCUUUCAGCCAAUAUACGUAAACGAGCACAUAGGAUAGCUCAGCUAGAACAAUCGAAGAAGGAACAUGAGGGACGACAAAGUCGGAGAAAGGUUGAGAGGGAGAGGGAGAUGCAGCUGAAGAGCAAGAAAGAAUGGUAUUCUAGGAGACUUGAGGUUACUAGGUCGCCAAUGGACGAAAUUGAAGAUCGAGAGGGGGAUGCGGAAGAAGACGAGUGGAGGAAACCCGCUUGGUAUGAGGAGACGCCUGAGGGAUGCAGUGCAAAUGUGGAGUUUGAUAUUGUAUUUACAAUAUCGAACAUAUACAAGGAAACGGACCCUCAUGUUGAUGCUUUAGAUUGUGGAGCAUUAUUGAUCCAACAACUUGGAGACUGUCACGAGCUUCGAUGUUCAUACGAAUGGUAUCCCCACGCGAACAAUAUAACAGUAUCGAAAUACGCCUUUGAACUAUUAGAGCUAUUCGAGUAUGAGAAAGUGAAGAGUAAAUACCCAGAUUGGGAAAUGGGUUUAUUUGGACAUAGUCCUGAUACUGGAAACGAAUGGGAUUUCUACCCUAUACCGUGGAAUGACAAGACUACUAAAGCCAGAGUGUUCGGAUACGAUGGUAGUUUCUACCCGAUCCGGACCACCGUGACAGACUCUCUCCGAGCGCUCGAACGUGAACCCAACCUUGUUCAACAGGCCAUAAUUACCCGACAUACCCAUCCUGGUUAUACUGUCUCCGUACCCUCCUCAGCCCGCGAACAACCAUUAGAGACUUACGAACCGAAUCAUGAAUAUUACGAAACGCAUUUGAAACUCAGAGAAGAUUUCGCAAAUGGGAUGAGGACAAGUAAGAUUUGUGUCUUUGAUGCUAGUCUCGAAAGGAAGAUGAUUAGGAAGUACGCCCAAGCAUUCCUUUCUGGUUGUGUGGUAGCUUCCGACUUACCUACCGAACAUGAAGAAGCUCUAAGCAAAUUCGUGAUCCCUCUCAAAUCCACAUGGAAUAUAGAAAGGAUCAACGAGGUCUUAUCGCAUUAUCUGGAUAAUGACGAAUUGUUACAGCAGAUGGCGAUGGACGGGUUCAUGUGGGCCAGACAACAUAUGACUACGACUAACAAGGUUAGUCAUUUGUUGAAGAUGGGAGAACAUUAUAGGUCUGGUUCAAGGGGAUACGAAUUCCCGUACGGAUUUUCCAUGAGGUGUAGAUCAUAUUGGAGCGGAGAUUCUUAUAGACCACCAUGGUGUCCACCAGGUGGAUAUAGAGGAUUAGAAGAGUGA